AGGGACAACCAGACCACGGGAAAGAGCCAAUAGACUUCCUUUCCUUUGCGCAUGCUUGUUGGGAACGGACCAGAGUCGAACGGGAGAUUAAAUCCAGUUCUCCAUAGUUUAGUGACGGCUGGGGCCGCCACUAAAAUAGAAUCGCUCAGGAAAACGAACGCGAAGAAAGGGCGGCCUGGGGCCGGGCUAAAAAGCUGCUGAUAAAACCCGGAAAAAUGGAGGCAGCCUCUGGAGGUGAUGGCGCGGCUUUGGACAUGCGCAGUAGGCUUUCCACGGGUUCGGGUCCCGGGGUCGGAGGGUCGGGCAGCGAGUCCAAGGGACUCGCUUGCUCCAGUGUCAUGUCGUCCCUAGGCGACUGUGAGUUCCUGGUGCAGCGAGCCCGGGAACUGGUGCAGCAAGAUCUGUGGGCGGCCAAGGCCUGGCUCAUCACCGCGCGCAGCCUCUACCCGGCAGACUUCAAUAUCCAGUAUGAGAUGUAUAUCAUUGAACGGAAUGCAGAGCGGACGGCUUCAGCUGGAAGGCUCCUAUAUGACAUGUUUGUGAAUUUUCCAGACCAACCAGUGGUAUGGAGAGAAAUAAGUGUUAUUACUUCUGCAUUAAGGAAUGAUUCCCAGGAUAAACAAACUCAGUUUUUAAGAGGUCUUUUUGAAACCCUUCCUGGUCGGGUACAAUGUGAGAUGUUACUAAAAGCCACAGAACAAUGUUUUAAUACAUUGGAGCGAGCAGAAAUGUUACUUCUGCUUUUGAGACGUUUUCCUGAAACCGUCGUACAACAUGGGGUUGGCCUUGGAGAAACACUGUUGGAAGCUGAAAAUAUUGAUGAACAAGAAUCCCCUGUCAACUGCUUUAGAAAAUUAUUUGUUUGUGAUGUCCUUCCUCUAAUAAUUAAUAACCCUGAUGUUAGGUUACCUGCCAGCCUAUUAUAUAAGUAUUUGAACAAAGCAGCUGAAUUUUAUAUUAAUUAUGUCACUAGGUCUACUCAGACGGAAAAUCAGCAUCAGGCUAUACCAGUGUGUGACCUUGGACCAAAGACUUCGGGACCUCCAUGUCCUAAUCUUUCAAAUGAAGGAACCCAAGAUACACCUGAUCUCAUGUCCCCAAGCAAGCGCAGCUCUCAGAAGUACAUUAUAGAUGGCCUGACUGAAAAGUCCUCCCAGAUUGUAGACCCCUGGGAGAGGUUGUUUAAAAUUUUGUCUGUCAUAGGAAUGAGAUGUGAAUGGCAGAUGGAUAAAGGAAGACGAAACCUUGGUGAUAUUUUGCAUAGAAUGAAAGACCUUUGCAGAUACAUGAAUAAUUUUGACACUGAAACUCAUACAAAGUAUAAAAAUCAAAUAGUGUAUUCUACAAUGCUUGUCUUCUUUAAGAAUGCAUACCAGUAUGUCAGUAGCAUACAGCCAUCUCUCUUCCAAGGUCCGACCCCCAGUCAAGUUCCAUUAGUUCUUCUUGAGGAUGUAUCAAAUGUUUAUGGUGAUGUGGAAAUAGAUCGUAACAAACAUAUACAUAAAAAGAGGAAACUUGCAGAAGGAAGAGAAAAAACCAUGCAGAGUUCUGAUGAUGAAGAAUGUUCAGGAAAAGGAAGAAGUCGACACAUUGUUGUUAAUAAAGCAGAACUUGUCAAUUCAGUUGAAGUCCUAGAAAGCUUCAAAUUGGCACGUGAUAGUUGGGAACUGCUCUAUUCUCUAGAUUUCCUUGACAAGGAAUUUACAAGAAUAUGUUUAGCAUGGAAAACAGACACCUGGCUUUGGCUACGAAUCUUUCUCACUGACAUGAUUAUUUAUCAGGGGCAGUAUAAAAAGGCAAUAGCUAGCUUACAUCAUUUAGCAGCUCUUCAGGGAUCACAUCCUCAGCAACAGAUUACUGGACAAGGAACACUGGAACAUCAAAGAGCCCUCAUCCAGUUAGCAACCUGUCACUUUGCUCUUGGGGAAUACAGAUUGACGUGUGAAAAAAUUCUGGAUCUUAUGUGCUACAUGGUACUUCCUUUCCAAGAUGGAGGAAAACCUCAUGAGGAACCCUCUAAAGUAAAACCCAAGUUUAGAAAAGGAUCAGAUUUGAAACUUCUGCCCUGUACUAAUAAGGCUAUUAUGCCUUAUUGUCUACAUUUAAUGUUAGCCUGUUUUAAGUUAAGAGCUUUCACAGAUAACAGAGAUGAUAUGGCAUUGGGCCAUGUAAUCGUGUUGCUUCAACAAGAAUGGCCACGUGGAGAGAACCUGUUUUUGAAAGCUGUCAAUAAAAUUUGUCAGCAAGGCAACUUUCAGUAUGAGAAUUUUUUCAACUAUGUUACAAAUAUAGACAUGCUGGAAGAAUUUGCUUAUUUGAGAACCCAGGAAGGUGGAAAAAUCCAUUUGGAAUUACUGCCCAAUCAAGGAAUGCUAAUCAAGCCUUCUAGCCCUCCCAUGGGGUUACUGCAGCAGGAAUUCAUACCUGUACUACAGCCCAGCAUACAGACUGCUGACAGGCAUCACACAGUAACCAGGGGUAUCACCAAAGGUGUAAAAGAAGAUUUCCGCCUGGCUAUGGAGCGCCAGGUGUCCCGCUGUGGCGAGAAUUUGAUGGUCGUACUCCAUAGGUUCUGCAUUAAUGAGAAAAUCUUGCUGCUUCAGGCUCUGGCCUAAAUGAAGCGAUUCCCAUGAGCACAGUUUUCUUUACUAGAAGUUGUGAUCAAUAACACUGUGGCUUUAUGACUCUAAAAAGAAAUCAUCUGAAUGCUAACUUUAGUUGCUUUUAAUGUGGAACACAAAAGUCUAAGAAGGUAUUUCUAUUUUUAAAUCCCAUUUUUUGUAACUUUUAUAAAAGAAGAGUAAAAAACAUUUUGUAAAUAAAACCCAUCCUUAAAAAAACUUUGUGAGUGAAUGAAAAAGCAUUUAUUAAGCACGUGCUAGGCUGUGUGCUAAGCCCUGGGAACUUUUCAAAGAUAGGCCCUUCCCUCGAGGAGCUCACAAGGGGAGGGAUGCACAAAGCAGUAGGGAGAUGGUGAGAGAAUCUGUGGAGGCCUGCAUGGCCUGAGAAGCUGAUACAAGGCCUGGUACCUGGGCCUGGCCUGCAGACAUUUGGGGCUGAAGUGCAUGCGCCCAGGCACCAGUCAGCUGGAUUGGGGGCUCAGGUUAGAGUUCCAAAGCUCCACACAUAUUCUGAAGUGUUGGCCUUUCCAGGGAACCCUGUUCAAAGCAGCUCCUUUGUAAUUUGGCAAACAUUACAGCCAGCAGUCUGAGGCGUGACUGGACUUGGUAGUGAACUUUCAGGGUAUGGAUAGAUAACCUUGCGGCAUCCUGCCAGAGGACACAUUGCCAAAGUUCUCACUGUUGGCAGAAGUACUUUUCUACAUCAUUCAGAUCGUUAGAUAAAAGAAAUUCGGUUUGUAUUUUGAGAAGCUUUAAUUUUAAGUUGUGAUCAUUCAGAGUGUAGUAGGUUCCGCUCCCAGGACCCUUAUUCCCCCAGUUGAUAUAAGGACAAGAGGGAACAAAGGCAAGUGCCAGCUGGACCACCUGGCGCAGAACCGAGCAGGCUCUCAGUUCUGUCAGAUUGGGAGGAGUAAGCCACGCUUUGGGGAGGGGAAGGAAGAACUUGCCAACUAGUACGUAUAUUUUGGAGAAAUACAAAUCAUUCUCCUUGAAUAUAAGCAUAGUAAAUAUAGUGACCUAAAAAUGAAUCCAAAGUUCUGUUGUAGGUGACAAAAACAAUGCAAAAAAGGAGUUAGGAUUUCAGUGGCUCAAAAUAGAAGUUUAAAACCCUUGUCAAAUACUAUACAGUCAUCUGACUAGAACAAAAGUAGUGAUUACAGAUACUUGCUAUUAUCAGCAAAAAAGCCUACAAUCAUUGAAAACUUUUAGUUUAUUUUUUAAGUGUUAGUUUCUAAUACGCUGUAUUAGUGCAUUAUGAAUAUGUGAUCAGGUCUUUUUAAAUCAUGACAUGUUUCAUUCUAUGCCUUAUUUCUAGUUAAAUAUGCUCCUGUGGCUCAGUGUGUAGAGCCUGGGCCUGGAGUCAGGAAGCCCUGGAUUCAAAUCAAGUCUCUGAUAACUUAUAGCUAGAUGACCCUAGGUGAGUUACUUAACCCUGUUCACCUCAGUUUCCUCAUGUGUAAAAGGGGUAAUGAUAAUAGCCCCUACCUUAUAGAGUUGUUUUGAGGAAUAAAUGGCAUCACAUAUAAAGUGCUCAGCAUAGUGCCUGGUAUACAUUGGUGCUGUAUAAAUGCUUAUUCUUUUACUCUUGUUCCCCCUCCCCUAACCCCUUAUUCAGAUAAUUUGAUUAUCUUUUGGGCAGCACACAUCAAAUCUAUGUACUUUGGAUCCAAAGUUGCUGUUUGCAGGAAAACAAGAUCAUUUGCCUUCAGUGACUAGUUCCAGUUCAGAGGCCAGUGGGUUUUGGCUGUUUUUAGGACUGGGUAAAGUAAAAAGGUUAUUUUGACAGUCUGCUUAUCUAUGGACCAGGCACACUGCUCAUGUGGCAUGGAUGAAAUGAAAAGAAUCCAUCCCUUUGUCUUUUAUAUCUAGUUCAGCAAACAUUUUAUUAAGUGCCUACUGUUUGCAAGGCACUGUGCUACAUCACAGUGUGUGUUGAACAUCAGUGAUGAAGAUGAUAUUGUAUUUUUGUGCCAACAAAGCAAGGAUUUUUUUCUUUUUUUUACUAAAAGCAAACAAACUGAAUGGGGGCUGGGGAGAAGGAAGAACGAUCUAAUAACUUUGGAUAUGCUUAUGAUAGAAGUACAUUUAAAUUGCAUUUAGAUGCUAAAAUAGUAAAAAAAAAAAAAAAAAAAAAAAAAA